CAUUUGCAAGGUGUAACGAUGUCCGCGAUACAAUUAUACUACACUCCACAAUACUACAAGAUACCGACUUAAAGAAUACUUCGUAAAAAGUUAGCAGCCAGUUUGUGUGGAAUCACACGCGCAUCUUUGCUCGAGUUGUAGAUGGAACUCUAGUUUAUCGGGGACUCUGUGUAUUGGUUUACUGUACAAUGUCCGUAUGAUUAGCCCACCGGAAGCAUUCCUUCAUUUCCUGCGAGCUUUGGCAUAAGGACGGUGUACACGGAACUCUCGCUUCGCUCUACGGAUUUCCAUUUUAUAUCACUCGUUUUUUCUAGUUUUUGCUCGGGAUAGCUAGGCAAUAGACCAUCACCUGUAACUCGCACCGGAGUUGGAAACUGAUGAAGACUUUUGAGAUACUUGCGCAAAACUUUUGGCACUUUUGUUGGAUUUGAGGGUGAUUUGAACGGGAGAUCAGAUGUUUCAUGGCGCUUAAAAACACGGUGACACUCACUGAAAAUCCUUUUGAAAACGCCGUAAUAUGGGAGAAAAGAGAUCCCGUAAAGGAGUCCAAACAUCGGCUACGACACACAAAGAACGGGGACAAGAUCGAUACGAUAGCCAUAGGCAAGGACGAGGACAGCGACGAAUAUGAUUAUUGCAUCCUUAAAGCUGCCACGAAAGGAUCCAAUCCACUACCCCGAAUACUACCAAGUGACCGAGAAAUAAGGACACACAUUUCGAGUUCGAGUUAUAAUACCUUUGCUAAAAGGCACACGGGUGGACCUGUGUACUCCGUGUCUGCUAGGACUGUUACGAGAACUCCAGUAUCGCCGACUUCUCCGAGUUGUAAACACUCGGAUCUCUCUGCUAGGAUUCGCACUAAUGCGAACCAAGGCAAACAAAGUGUUGAUGAAGAAGACGUUCAAUUAUUUUGCUGUGGUCGAACGGUGGAAUCACUCGUUGAUACAGCGACAUGUAUGUGUUGUGUAAAAGGUGCGUUGUAUCAUUGUACUAAAGAUAGUGACGAUGAAGCGUUCACAACUGAGGACCCUUGCUCGUGCGAACAGGAUCUACCGAGGCGCACAUGCGUUACGAGGUGGAUGUGUAUAGCUCUGUGUUCAAUAUUUCUGCCAUGUAUACUAUGUUAUUUCCCGGCAAGAGGUUGCCUUCAGGUCUGUACCUGCUAUAGAAGACAGAGAAUCGCCAGCUCACGGCGACCAAAACACAGAGUUCGGAAAUCUGAGAUAUUGUAGCGAGUUCUCUCUCCCCCAAAAGAUUUAUAAUUUAUAAUCUAGGCUCAUAUUGAGCGAUCUGAAAAUUCGUCUAUCAAAUAUAUGCUUUUAUUUAUGGCUUUUCUUGUACAUAUUAAAUUUGAUGAAAGAUG